CAUGUCCCAGAAGGUGAGAUAUUUUGAUUGUCCUAAUUCUGCAAGUCGAUCAUUCCGUUUAAAAUUGGGAACGUUUAAAUACAUACAUGCAUAAACGAUGCCUAACCAGUGAUUCACGCACGCACAAAUACGCACAAGAGUUCUCAAACACGACACGACAGAACCUCCGACUUCCUUCUCCAUACUGAAAUGCUCUACCUAAUGUGGAAGAAUGCACCAAGAACUACCGCAUUGUCCUGGUAGAUAAGAUAACGCUCUUGAAGAACGAGACAGAAAAAACUGUAGUAAUACGAGGAAACAGCGUGGGAGACUCGUCGGAAAGGAACGCCGUUGUUGUGAUGUUACGUCAACAUAUAAACAAUUACUUCAACUACCCUAAUCUUUUCAGCACUAUCUACGUCACCACACAAAGCUAUAAAAACUAUAUUGUAAUUGAUUAAAAAACUCCGCUUUGCAUUGAUUCAUUUAGCCCGUUGCGGUAUUUUGGUAAAUCAAUACUUCGCGUAACAUGUGAGUCAUGGGAGAGGGAAAAAUAUUUUUUUUAGUAACAAAAUAAUUUUAGGGUCGGUUUUGGAAGGCGUAAUAAACUGAUGACGUUUGCAUAAUAACUUUGUCCUGCGCGGUUGAGUCUUUCGAUGACGUUUGCUGCUGCAGUUCCUAUUAAAGCCGUAUCCGUCGAUUUCAACUUCCGGGCUGUCCCCCAGCUGAUAAUUGUCUUCUCUCUGUCUCGCACGAUGUUUUGACUGGCAGUGACAGGAGCGCCGUUAACCUAGUCCGUUGUGUCAAAAAAGGAGAGUUUUCUACCGUAUGUUUACUUUAAGUGAUUGGUUGAUAUUAAUCGUUUGUGUUUCAUUAGUGCAUAUGAAAUCUUAAAUGAUGUCGAAUGGUUUGAAAAAGAUAUAAAGGAUACGGGAUUAUUUAGUAAAAGAUGACAUUAUGGCCGAGUACUGUGAAUACGAAUGGGGUCUACGACGUCAAGAGAUAGAUAUAACAUGUAGAAAUUCAGAGAAGAAAACGUGUGAUAAAAAACAGGCAGUCAUCGCUGUACAACAAUUGAUUCCUUCGAGACCUGAAAUAGAUUUUUUGCGAACGGACGAAGAUUUUAUUUUACGCUUCCUCCAUGCCAGAAAAUGUGGUGUGCAAGAGAGUUUUGAUCUCUUGGCCAAUUAUUAUUCUUAUAGAAAACGCAAUAAAGAUUUGUUUUUACAUUUUAAUGCCAAUGAAAUUGGCAUCCGAAAUGCUUUAAAAGAUGGUUUUCCUGGGGUACUACCAGAAAGAGACAGAUGCGAGUUAUUGGUUUUAAAAAUUUAUCUUCAUGGCAAUAAUCUGAGCACUCUACAUGACUAUGUGACUAAGGACAUUCUACCAGCAGAGCUUGGAGGCGAAGGCCCCUCGUACAAUCCUGUGCAGUGGGCAGACAAGCUUCUGGAAAUAGAGCAGACGUUGGGUGCGGAAGUUGGAAAGGGGCUUGAGACUUCAGAUUCCAAAUCUGAAUCAAUAAGAAAAUCAGAAACAUUCCCUGUGCACUGUUCCAAGAAGCUGGAUGGAUCUAAUGGAUACGAAACCACCGAAGUGUAUGAGUGUUAACAUCUGAGAAUGCACUAGUGGAGAGAUGUGGGGAGUGUGAAUGUAUUUCUUCCUCAAUACUGAAGUUUCUCAGUGUUGAUUUUAAAUGCACAAAAGGUUACCAGAGGAACAUUAGUUCUAAAUAUGAAGCAGCCAAGAACAGUAGUUGUAGGAUUUUAUGGGCUUGUAUUCACUACUGAUUAUUCUUUCACGUUUUCAACAUUUUAGUUGUCAUAUGCAUUGCAGAAAACAAUGAUUUGGAUUUUGUUAGUCCAAAAAUGAUUUUGAUAGUUUAUUUCAAACUUGUGAUCAGGGUUCUUAUGAUUUAAAAAAAUUAUGUUUAUGCGCAGUUUAGUUUGGUUCUUUCUUCAAAAUUGUAUGUUAACUAUUAUCUCAUCAUUAAGUGCAUGAGCACCUGCUAAAGCACUCUCCUGUUCUUAGUCUUAUUUUUUCUUUCCUAUUUUUUUAACACUUCUGCUUGCCAAGUUUCACAUGCUAUUUUAUAUUAUGUAGCUUAAUUAGAAUCCCCUGUUUAAUCAGGGACCUCAAUGUUUAUUAUUCUAAAAAGUAAAUGCCUUGCCAUGUAAUUUCUCGAAACAUUUUUAAACAGUGUCCUCAGGGAAGUAUUUUGAACAGAUUACUAUUUUAUUAAAUUUUGGAAUCUAAUACGCUGCUUUUGUACUGGUUAUUUAUGCUUUGCAUGACGGUUGUUCUACAUUCUUAGUGUGUGGUGGGAUAGUUCUAGUCUAUUCCGAGCUAUUUUAUCUAAUAUAUUUACAAAUUUGUUUUUGCAAGAAUUGGUGGAAGAAGUGUUUAUAUAUAAUAGUUUAAAUAUUUUACUAAAGUGUCAAAUGCACAAUGAAGUACAAUUGGCAUUAGGUAAGUAAAAAAUUUGUUAAAUGCGUACCUCAAAAGUGCACACAAACGCUUUAUAAAAGUGUGAAUGUAUUAUUAAGAAGUACGGAAUUUUCUCGAGUAGUGUUUACCUUAAUGCCAGUAAGGUAAAGGUUUGUUCUCAAAAUCAGCUUUAAAAAACGCAUUUAUGUGUUGUAUUGUCUGUGGUUGUUUGUGAUGUGACAUUGUUGUAAAUUUUCCAUGUUUGCAUUUUGAAGUGAAGUACUUCACCUUUGUUUUAUUGGAUAAUUUUAUUAACCGUUAAAAUUAAUUUUGUUUUAAUCAGUAAAAUAAUUCCAGUUUUAUGUGAAUUACAAAUAUGCGAUUUUGCCACUGUUAAAUUUGAUAUCAAUGUAUUAUAUAAGUUGUAAGAUAAUAUUAGUCCUUGAAAUUUUGCAUUUGUUAUUGCACAGUAUUAUAUUUUCCUAUUGUGAAUUUUAUUGAGUCAUAUUUACUUACUUAUACUAAACUCCUGUGAAAAAUGAUCGGUAUUUGUUUUCUUCAGAAGAAAUUUAUUUUCCCAUUGUGAAGGUGGUUUAUAAGAAGAAACCAGUACUAUAAAGUUACAUUUUUAACAUCUAUUUAUUAUCAUGUUCACUACUUUUCUCUUAUUCUCAACUCAACAAAAUACAACUGUUCAAUAGAUGUGAUCCUAACACUUCAUUCUUAAGUUAUUUGUUAAUUAUAUUACACAAGUCUUUAUUUUAUCCCGCAACCCAUGCCUGGGAGCACCAGUUCAGGUUGUGGUAAUCUGCCAAUCAAUUGAUUUAAUUGUAUAUUGUCAUAUUAUAACCAUUAUAAAUAAAUGUUCUGUUCUCUUCUUACUUUUUUAACAAUUUUUAAUGGGCAAUAAACAUUCACACAUGAAAUAUAAAACAUUAUUAUUGAAAAUAACAAACUUAUAUGUGUUGGACAUUAUUUUGGAUGUUAUAUUUAUAUUAAAAAUGAGUUAACAAUCAAACAUGUAUUUAUAUUACUAACGAAUUAUUGAAAUAACGUUUCAUUAAUAUGGAUACCUGAAGAUGGGCGCAACAGACAUCUGAAAUGUUGUAUAAGUUUGUUAUUUUUAAAAAUUAUAUUAGUGACUUGAAAAAAUAGGAACAGGUCAGAACUUUUAUUUAUAAUUUGACAACCGUGUAUCUUUGCCACCAAUCAAGGCAGUCGUGGCUGGCAUGUCAGGUCAGUGGAGGAGGUGAGAGUCAGAUCAUAAGCUAAAGCAACUCUUGUGUUUUCACCUCUCAAGACUUGUGGUGGUGAGGUAUGCGGCUGUGAGGCUGGAAUCGUUUUGGGCUGAGUGAGUCAGGGUCCGUGGGGUUGAGGUGAUCGGAUAUUGAAGAUGUGGAGGGAAGUUAUGACUGAUUUAUUAAUUUGUGAACUAUAAUGUAACAAGAAAUAU